ACAGCUCGUUCGUCAGCACUCAGCACCAGCCACCGAGCUUCCAUCGUUCGUUUUGGCCGCCGGCGGCGAGGGUCAAGGAUGGGGUCGAGGUACGAGGUGGAGGUGACGGUGAGCUCGGCGCGGGACCUGAAGAACGUCAACUGGCGCAACGGCGACCUCAAGCCGUACGCGGUGCUCUGGGUGGACGACGGCCCCAAGUGCUCCACCCGCGUCGACCUCGACCACGGCGAGAGCCCCGAGUGGGACGAGAAGAUCGCCGUCCCGCUCCCGCCCACCUCCACCCGCCUCGAGGACGCCGUCCUCUACCUCGACGUCGUCCACGCCAACGCCGCCGAGGGCACCAAGCCGCUCGUCGGCUCCGCGCGCCUCCCGCUCCGCGACGUCCUCGACGACGCCGGCCUCGGCGGCCGCGCCUCCCGCACCCUCCGCCUCAAGCGGCCCUCGGGGCGGCCCCAGGGUCGCCUCGACGUCCGCGUCGCCGUCCGCGAGGCCGCGCGCUACUACGACCCCGCCUACCCGCCGCCCUACGGCCAGCCCGCUGCCGGAGGUGCGCGCGACCCAUACGCCGCCCCCGCGCCGACCUACGGUUCCGCCGCUGGGUACGGUUCGGGUGGGUACGGCUCCGGCGGGUACGGCCAGCCGGCGUACGCCGCGCCGCCGUCUGGGUACCCGGCCGCCUACGGCGCCCCGCCGCAGCCUGCUGGGUACCCUGCUGCCUACGGCGCCGCUCCUGCCUACGGAGCUCCUGCUCCUGCUCCGGCGUACGGAGCUCCUGCCCCUGCGUACGGAUCGAGCGGGUACGGUUCGGGCGCGGCGGUGACGGAGGACCCCACGAAGAAGAAGAAGGGGAUGGGGAUGGGCGCCGGGCUGGCGGUGGGCGCGGCGGCGGGGGUGCUCGGCGGGCUGGCGCUGGCGGGCGGGGCGAGCUACAUCGAGGACAAGAUCGAGGACGGCGUGGCGGAGAAGGUGGAGGCCGACCUGGCUGCCGGCGGUGGGUACGACGACUUCGGCGGCGACGACGACUACUAGAACUUACGGAGAAACCCGGAGCCGAGAGAAUGUGUGCGGCGACUGCGACGGGCGAUGGUUCCUAGCGAGUAGCGAGGGUAUCGAUUUCUUUUAUGUUCUCAGCGGAAUUUGAAUAAUAACGCGAAAAAGAGUGAAACAUUCAAGUGUACUGUAGUACCCAGAUGAAUUCAAUCGCAUUGAAAUUAGACAUUUUGUU